GGGGGACGGGGGAGGCAAAGGGAACGGGAGGGGAGAGGCCGGGCCGCUCGGUGGCCCCCGGCUCUGGGAAGAGGGGUCGCCCUGCCCUGACCCCCCCCCCGCACCCCUCCCCCCCACCUACCUCUUUAUAGUUUAUAUUCUUUUGUUUGGUUGGAUCUAAUACUCCGCCUUCCUCUGACCCCCCCCCCCCCCGCGCGCCUCAUUUUAUUUUAUAUUACAUUAUUUGGGUGGAUUUAAUCCUCCCCCCCCCCCCGCGCCUCAUUUUAUUUUAUAUUACAUUAUUUGGUUUGAUUGGAUUGAAUACCCUGCCCUGGAUUUCAUACUCCCAGCCGCCUCUUUUUUUUUAAUUGUAUAUUAUUUUGUUUGGCUGGAUAUAACGCCCUGCCCUCCCCAGGCUAAGCCGGGCUCAGUUCAGCUCACAGCACCAUUCACAAAACAUCCGCAAUAACUGCAAUUUACAAAAUGACAUAUGGGCUCCUUGUUGCAGCCGCUUCUACACCUGCCGCCUCUGCCACGAUGGCAGCGAGGACCACAUCAUGGACCGCUUCCAAGUUCGAGAAGUGCGCUGUGCGAAAUGUGGGAAAGACCAGCAGGCUCAGCAGAGCUGUGAAGACUGCCAGAAUGUUUUUGGAGAAUAUUACUGCAGUAUCUGCCAUCUGUUUGACGCCGACAAGAAACAGUACCAUUGUGAGAAGUGUGGGAUUUGUAGGAUUGGUCCCAAAGAAGAAUUCUUCCACUGUUCCAAGUGUAACUUGUGUUUCGCUAUGGCUCUCCAAGGAAAUCAUAAGUGCAUUGAAAAUGUCUCAAGGCAAGACUGCCCCAUAUGUUUGGAGGACAUUCAUACAUCACGUGUGGCAGCUCAUGUCUUGCCCUGUGGACAUCUCCUUCAUCGAACUUGCUUUGAAGACAUGCUGAAAGAAGGUUAUAGGUGUCCUUUGUGUAUGCAUUCAGCAUUAGAUAUGACCAGACACUGGCAACAGCUGGACACUGAAGUAGCACAGACGCCUAUACCCUUGGAGUAUCAGCACAUGAUGGUUGAGAUCCUUUGCAACGACUGCACCACUCGAUCCACAGUGCAAUUCCAUAUUCUGGGCAUGAAGUGCAAAAACUGUAACUCGUAUAACACAGCGCAGGACGGCAGCAGUCACGUCUCCUGGCCCAGCAGGGAGUGAGCGUGGCUGCACGGGGCACCAUCAUCUCCUGCUUCACAUGCAGGGCGCGUUCUCUGGUCUGAAGAGUUGUUUCCCCCUCAGUUAAAGCAUGUACUUGUGUGGGUGACCAAACUUUCCAUCCUGACAUCUCACUGGAAGCGUUUCCUGAUUUUAAGAAUGGAUACUUUGGGGCUGUACGCAUGGACCAACUCGGAAAGAGCCAUCGUUCUUAAGGUUUCUCCUCAUGUGGAAGAAUCGUACACUGUUAACAAUACAUUGGCAUGUUUCUGGCAAUUGAGAUGGAUGAAAUAAAGUAACCCCAGAUUACUA